GAGAUGUUCAACGACUACCUAGAUAUUUGGAAAAAAUUAAGAACACCUUGAAUCCAAAUCAAACGACUCUCCUUAAUAGGUAUAAUAGCAUAGGAGUGAAAAUGAUUUUUUUGGAAACUAUUUAUGAACAACGCCAAAAAGAG